CCUGUAUAAAGCUUUUUGUUUCCCCUCUUUACGUCAUUCCUCGCCUUUCUAACAAGCCAGGCAAGGGUUGCUGUCAAAGAAACAUUUGUUGACAAACAUUCAAAUAAAGCAGAUUUUUCUUCUACUUUCGAUUUACGCUUGCUAUUUCUUUACUUUGAAAAGCUAUUAUUUUCCAUCAUGGCUUUUAUGAUGCCUGUUAUGAAGAACGACUACAAUAUUUAUGCAAGUCGUUCGAGAACCAGUAGUGCCAAUAGCACCGGAACACAGCAUAGUCGUCGGCAUACACAAAGCGAAUCGGCACCGGUGAGCCUUUCUUGUUCUCCAGGUUCUGAUGUUGAAGAACGUUUGGCCGCAAUUUCUCUGGGCUGCUCUCCUAGAAGGGGUAGUAGACUUUGUGAAAUGCCAACUCCAAAAUCGGUUUCUCAAACUUCACUUCACAAAUUCCACAUCAAAGUUGUGGAAAAAUUGCGGCGCAAGUUGCGAUCAAAAGACGAGGACGAAUCAUCCAGUUCUAAAGUAGUACCUGGUAAUAAUGCUUCAUCCUCCUAACGAAUUGAUGCCAUAGUACUGUUUUAAUAUCCAGUACACUGGGCUGUACUGGAAAACGAAGAGUACCUUGAGACCAUACGAUGGCUAUUAUGCCAGAUUUCCUAUGUAAAUAUGCCAUCAUUUU